GUAGUUUAGUUUGUACCUAGCUAGCAUUUCCAAGUCUUAUUUAUACCUCCUAAUUCUUCCCUUCAAUCCUCAUUACCAGAGGAGAUACCUAGCUAGUUAUCCCUUGAUCAUUUGUGAUAAAACAGUAAUAUUAUACGCAUCAAAAUGGCAGAUGGUGGUGGUGGAUCAUCCGGAGGAGUGGUGAAUUAUAGCAGGAGAAUUAUGGGGUUCAAUGUGCCGGAGAAAGUCCAGCUUCAUGUGGCCAUGCUGGCCUUGCAGUUUGGUUAUGCUGGUUUCCAUGUUGUCUCCAGAGCGGCUCUUAACAUGGGAAUCAGCAAGAUUGUCUUUCCAGUGUAUCGUAACAUUCUAGCUUUUCUCCUCCUCUUGCCCUUCGCCUAUUUCCUGGAGAAGAAGGAGCGUCCUCCGCUUACACUCUCGUUUGUUACUCAGUUCUUUCUCCUGGCUGUCGUCGGAAUAACUGCGAAUCAAGGAUUUUACUUGCUCGGGCUGGACAAUACAUCACCUACCUUUGCUUCCGCCAUACAGAACUCUGUCCCUGCCAUUACAUUCCUCAUGGCUGCAAUCCUCAGGCUGGAACAAGUAAGGCUCAACAGAAAAGAUGGCAUAGGGAAGGUAAUAGGAACACUGUUUUGCGUGGCUGGAGCCAUGGUGAUCACUCUGUACAAAGGCCCAACCAUUUACAGUCCAACUCCACCGCUCCAAAGGUCCAAUGUUUCACCGCUGUUACUUUCGCUUGGAGAUGCUAAGCCCAAAAACUGGACACUCGGCUGCAUUUUCUUGAUUGGGCAUUGUCUGUCAUGGUCUGGCUGGCUGGUCCUGCAAGCCCCGGUUCUGAAGAAGUACCCGGCUAGGCUAUCGGUGACCUCUUACCAGUGCUUCUUUGGUGUGAUUCAAUUUCUUGUUAUAGCUGGCUUUAUGGAGAGGGAUCCACAGGCUUGGCUCAUUCAUUCUGGAGGGGAGCUUUUCAGUGUCUUCUACGCGGGGGUUGUUGCAUCAGGGAUCGCCUUCGCUGUACAGAUAUGGUGCAUUGAUAGGGGAGGCCCGGUGUUUGUGGCGGUGUAUCAACCUGUUCAGACACUUGUUGUCGCUAUCAUGGCUUCAGUCGCGUUAGGCGAGGAGUUCUAUCUGGGAGGGAUAAUUGGAGCAGUAUUGAUCAUAACAGGAUUGUACCUUGUGCUUUGGGGAAAGAAUGAAGAAAGGAAAUUUGCAAUGCAGAAGUCCGCAGUUCAGUCCCAAGCGGAGCAUGGCAGAAGCACAAACCACAUCAAAGCUUCCCUUGCUCAACCGCUACUCUCCCAAUCAACAGAAAAUGUUUAACUGCCUGGAACCAUAACUUUUUAACUAAGCGCUUCUUGUGUGUAGUUCAGGCUUGGGGAUCAAAAUCCCAUAUAUGCUUUUCACUAUUUAUAUAGUGUAUGAUUUUAGUAAUGAUGAACUCUUCUACUCA